CAUCUCGAGAACUCUCAAUUCAUGUGUCGCGACUCCAAUAGCUAAAACAAUCCAACCGGUUUCAUUGUCAUUUUGUAAACAUUCAUAGCAUCAUCGGAUCACAAGCACUGAAUAGUCAAAGUUCACCGACAACCAUGAGCGACAACGAAACCAAGCUAACGCCAAUCACAGUCAUCACGGGAUUCUUGGGCGCGGGAAAAACGACCCUCGUCAACUACAUUCUCAAAGAGCAAAACGAAUGGAAGAUCUGCGUCCUCGAGAAUGAAUUUGGGGAGGUUUCCAUCGACGAUGGACUCGGUAUGUACUGGAUCUUCUCACAGGUUUGAUGUGAUGUGUGCUUCGGAGGGACUAGCAUGGUGCAGCAGGUCGAAUUGGAUGGAAUGGAAUGGAAUGAAACCAAGAAUACGGACGUAGCUAGUUCAAGCCCAGCUCGACAAGGCCAAACAACGGCCUACAUUUAGGCCUUACAGGUCCCUUGUACUCGAUGGAUAGUAGGGAGCAGCAUUCAGAUCGAAAGACGCACCGCAAUUCCAUCUGCGCUUUUCUUUCGGACUGCACUUCGAGGAUAGAACGGAAGCGCGAGAAUGGCAAACGAAUGACCACAAAACGUUAUCGUCGAGAUAUUCCGUUGACUUUAUGCCUGAUUUGCAUAUAUUCCCCCUUCGAGUGUCGGUAUUUUUUCAUAUUUGCACUUAUCGAAUUUCUUUGAUUCCUCCUUUGUUCUCGGUGUGUUGGAUUCCCUUGUGUGCUCGGAACCGGAUAAAAUUAAAACUGAAAACAAUUUCRAUUUGUUGCGUUGCCACCAAUUUUGGUUCGAAAUUUUCUACUGUUUCAAUUUGAAUUACUAUCAACAAAUCCCAAAAAAUUGAUCAAUCGUGGCGACACCAAACCAAAACAAAAACGSAACCUGACUUGUUUGAAACGAAUGCAUCAUUUCCAUCCCUUUCGAAGUUGCCGAGUCUCUGGAUGCCCCCGAGGACCUUAUCACUAUGGACAACGGGUGCGUCUGUUGCUCGGUGAGAGGUGAUCUGGUGAGAACCCUCGGUCAGUUGACGAAGCGUCGGCAUGAAUUCGAUGCCAUUUUGUUGGAAACGACGGGACUCGCGGACCCGGCACCGAUCGUCUACACCCUUCAGACCAAUUCAAAAAUGAGCGAUAAUUACGUUUUGGACAGCAUUGUCUGCCUGGCGGAUGCGAAGCACCUCCCAUUGCACUUGGACGAAAAGAAACCCAAGGAAGGGGACAUCAAUGAGGCAUACCAGCAGGUGGCUUUUGCCGAUAAGAUUUUGUUGAACAAAAUCGAUUUGGUUACGGCGGAGGAGAAGAAGGCACUCAUUGCUCGCCUCGGUAGAAUCAACAACUUUGCGUCGGUCAUUGAAACCGAGAAGUCGCGUUGUCCACUGGGAGAAAUUUUGGGACUCAAUUCCUUUCGGAUGGAAUCGAUCCUAGGAAUUGAUCCUGAUUUCUUYGAGUCCCAWGAAGGAGAAUCCCAUCACAAUCUUGAGGUAGUCCAGUCUGUCGGGUUGCAAUUCAAGGGAAACCUUCAUGCCCAGUGGUUCAAUAUGUUCAUGAUGGACCUCCUCCGGGAACGGGCGGCUGAUCUGUAUCGUACGAAGGGAGUCUUGAGCUUUCAUGGCCAGGGCAACGUCAAAUUUGUCUUUCAGGGAGUCCACGAGCAAAUCAAUUUCGGACCWKCAAAGGAGGGUUGGAAGGAUGGCGAAGAAMGAAUGAACAAGUUUGUCUUUAUCGGAAAAAAUCUGAACCGGGCGGAGYUGACCAAGUCGUUACAAGAUUGUUUGUACAAAGAAGAAAAUAAUUCGUCCGAAURACUAGCAAUCACACCAAMCGUCGCAACAAAUCUUCCAGACGCAACCACAACACUACUAGUAAAUUCGAUAGUGCAACAACAAUAGAUACGAUCAAAUGAAUUACAAUAAUUAGAAAGUGAAACCAACGGCAAURCAUUYGAUCUACUUGUAAUACAUCGGCAAUUCUUUUGCGAUGCAUCGGACGGAAAUUCCACGUGAAUUUUGGAAUUGAUAGCAAGUGUGUAYAGAGUAGAAGAUYGAGAUUGUUAAAUUGUGCUUUUUCAYCGAUAUGAUGCUAUGCAUCACCAGCUUCCCUGGCUAAAUAUGCUAAUUUUCAAGACUGCGGGAUGACUUGCCUUGUUCUAYCUGCGUUGAGUUUGGAACUACAUUGCACUUCGCCAGAGAUGAGAAGAUCAAAUUUUCUUGAGGACUACUAGGAACAUAUUGUUUGUCUGAGUUUUACAUCUCUGCUGUACGGUUUGGGCAAUAAUGUUUUCAAUCUUGA